AUGAUUAAAGAAGACAGGAUUAGCGAAUUACCUGACGAUGUGCUCGCAGAGAUAUUGUCGCUUCUCGAGACAAAAGAAGCAGUGUCUACUAUGGUUUUGUCGAAACGAUGGCGGUCUCUUUGGCCGGUCCUAUCACAACGCAUGUAUUCACAACUCAUGUAUAUCAAGUUGAAGAUACUUUUCAAGAUUGAAACGACAAACUCGGAUUUCCCACUUUCAUUCCACCCACCGGUUUCUGUUCCAGAAUGUUUGUCAACCCAUCUCGAGAUCUUUCGGUGGCACGGCUAUGGAGGACAAAACGCAGAGAAAGAAAUUCUGAAAUACAUACUUGCCAGCUCUAAGUGUUUAAAAAGAGCUUUCAUCUCCAUUGAACCCCGUGGUCGUCGCAAAGAUAUAAGAAAGAACAAGAUGAGGAGAGAGUUAGAAUCUAUGCCUAGGGCUUCACUAUCAUCUAAGCUUCUCUUCUACGCUUAA